GGCGCCAUGUUUGCUUUGACCUGUGGCGUGGCGUUCAGCGGCUUUGCCAUCUCCGGCUAUAAUGUGAAUCACUUGGACAUAGCGCCUCGGUAUGCGAGCAUAUUGAUGGGCUUGUCGAACGGCAUUGGCACCUUGGCUGGCAUAAUCGUGCCCUAUGCGCUGGAUGGCCUCAUUCAGAGGAAUCCGACUGGCUGCUGGACCACUGUGUUCACCCUGGCCGCAUGUGUUCACUUGAUUGGUUGCACUUUCUAUGGCAUUUUCGCCUCCGGCGAGCUGCAGCCCUGGGCCGAGCCGCCGCCUGAGGAGCAGCAGGUGUGGGCACCGCCGGCGGGCGCCAUUACCCACGGCGACGAUCCCAGCCAGGCGGGUAUGAUGGGCAACUACAUGAAGGAAACGUCAUUUGGCGCACCGGAGUACACGGAGCAGAGCCAAAUGCAGCAACCGAAUGCCAUUAGCUAUGGCGCCACCGGGCACGUGGCCAACAAUCCGUUUGCCUUGGCAGCGGGCGCGCCCAUUGCCGAGGAGCCCGCCCAGCCGAGCGAGGGAUACGGCUACACGGACUACACGCAAGCACAGGCGAUGCCCUCGACGAAUCCGUACGAGCAACAGGCCUAUCAACAGCAGCAGUAAACGACAACAAAUGGCAGAUCGAUCAACUGAUAUACAAUUAGCUUUUAGUUAUAGUCCGUUUAUUGUUUGUUCCUGAUGGGGUUGAUUUGUAUAUAAGAUAUAACACACACGCAUAUAGAUAUACCUAAACAAAUAUAUCUGAAACUGAAAACGAAAAUGAACUUCAGGCCGAGUCUAACGAAUUUCGAUAUAGAGCAGGAUUCACACACAAACACACACACACUCACACACGUCACACCAACACAAUGAAACUAUGUACCUAACAGAGCAACUACAUAUUGUACGCGUAUACAGGACACAAAGGAUUACGUUAAACUUGGCCCCAAAGAGCAAAGCACAAAUUCUAUAGCCUACUUUUAAGCGUCGCUUGCGCAGAACUCUAUUUACAAGCUACAGCAACAAAUAUACAGAAACAAAUAUACAUACAAGACAGUAUAUAUACGAGGACAAUUAGAAACUCUUACGAUAAUCGACAUUUGUGUAUAUCAUUAAAACAAACAUAAUCCAGGCACACGCAGCACGUCUCAAAUCGUUACGAAAUAUUAUUAUAAAUAAUUUCAAACCAACUAUAUAGACACUAUAUAUAAAUAUAUAUUAUAUGAUAAUAGCAAAUUAAUUGUUGUUAGCAGUUAAUCAAUUAUAAAUAAAAGAAACUGCAAGUUUUAUUACCGUUAAUGAUAUUCAAUGUAUAUGGAUAAAGGCGCGACUCUGAAGGUCGUUAAGGUCUAAGCAUUAGUAAAUUUUAAUCACAAACUUAUCUAACUAAAAACUAAGCAAUUGUUGAUGUUCGGCACGAAUGAUAAACA